AUGAGCCCAAACGGCGAAAGGGAACCGCUCAUCAACUCCACGGCGCAGGCAUACGGGUCUGAGGCGAGCUCGCUCUCCGAGACUCCCUCCGGGCACAGGAAGGAGCGGAGACACCACAACCUCGCCGGCCUCCCGGCAUGGCGCUUCCAUGCGGCAUGCGCUUCCGUUUGGAGCGCGACCUUCCUCUCAGCGUUUGACAGCACAGUUGUUGCGACGCUGCUCGGCGACAUCUCGAGCGGCUUCAACGCCUUCCAUCUCGCCUCGUGGCUCGGCACAGCCUACCUCCUCUCUCUGGCCUGCUUCACGCCCGUGUACGGCCGCCUCGCCGAUGCUCUGGGUAGGCGAGACGCCCAGCUCGUCGCCCUUGUCUUCUUCACUGCUGGUACGGCGGGAUGUGCCAUCGCGCCUUCCAUGAUGACACUUAUCCUCGCCCGUGUCAUCGCCGGCAUUGGCGGCGCGGGUCUCACCUCGGUCGGCUCCAUCCUCCUCUCCGACCUCGUGGACUUGCGCCACCGCGGGCUGUACCAGGGUCUCGCGAAUAUGGUCUACGCUCUCGGUGCAAGUCUCGGCGGUCCGGUCGGUGGCUGGGCCGCCGACCAAUUCGGGUGGCGCGUCGCCUUUGGCGCACAGGUCCCUCUCCUUUUCGGGAGCAUUAUCGCUAUCUGGUGCUUUGUGCCCGGCGACUUGGGUGGUCGCGUACGCGACGCAGACGACGAGCACCACACCCUUACGUGGCAGCAGAAGCUCGCGCGUAUCGACUACGCUGGUUCCACCGCCCUCGGGGUAGCAGUCACCGCGCUCCUCCUCUCAAUGUCGCUCAAGACCUCCGGCUCCGGCGGCGUCGAGUACAGCUGGUCCGACCCUACAAUCUGGGGCCUCCUCCUCGUCUUCGUGGCGUUCACAAUAUUCUUCCUCAUCAUCGAGGCGUAUUGGGCGACCGAGCCAGUGCUCCCUCUCAGCAUGUUCAAGCGCGCGACGCCGACCGCUGUCGCCCUUGGCAACUUGGUCCUCGCCAUGUGCAUCUUCUCGCUCCUCUACAACGUACCCUUGUACUUUGUUGCGGUCAAGCUGCGCUCCGCAACGGUUGCGGGCGCCCACCUCCUGCCUUACUCGGCAUUCAUCGGCGCGGGCUCUCUCAUUGUCGGCCUCAUCAUGCGCGUAACGGGCCGCUACUACGCCCCGAUGGUGGUAUCCGGGCUGAUCGUGCUCGCCUCGUGCGGAAUGAUGCUCACUUGGGGCGAGAACACGCCGGAGUGGCUCACUUGGGUGGCCCAGUCCCCUGCUGGAUUUGGAUACGCAGGUGUCCUCACAACGACGCUCGUUGCGCUCAUGGCGGACAUUGCCAAGGAGGGCACUGGCGAAAUUGCCGUGGGUACAGCAAUGACCUACAUGGCGCGCACGAUCGGGCAGGUGCUGGGGGUGAGCUUCAGCAGUGCCAUCCUGCAGGCUACUUUGGAAUCGGACCUUCGCGCGCGAAUCAGCGACCCAGACCUCGUCCAGCGCAUCCGCCGGAGCACAGAUGCUGUGCGUACGCUCCCUCCUGGGGUCCGCGAAAUCGCCGUAUCCGCCUACUCGCACGGCCUGAAGCCCAUCUGGAUCUUCAACCUGGUCCUAGCAGCCAUCACGGUGAUUGCGCUGUGCCGCGCGACAAACGAGGUCAUGCCGGAGAGCAAGCCGCUUGACGACGACGACGAGGCGUAG